CAGGGGAAGCGGGAGGUUUUCAAUGUAAAACUGCUGAUCAGGAAUGGAGGAGAAGCUUAAUAAGGUUGCUUUGUGGUUGAAGAAGACUUUUGGGGAUCAGCCCAUCCCCCCGUAUGAGGCAGAUGCUCGAACCGUGGAUAUCUUGUAUGAGUUGGCGGAAUGCAGCGAGUCCAGGGAUGGCGACGUCGUGCUGUUAAUUGAAGACAUGAAGCAGAAGACGGAGGAGUACGAAUCAGAUGGCAACUAUCUACAGAGUCUUCUGACCGAAAGUUUAAAUCUUUCUUUCACCAGCCUCUCAAAUGCUAGCACCAGCUAUCUGGACACCUUGGUGGACUCAGCCGUAGCCCUUGAAACAAAGGACACUUCCCUUGCAAGCUUCAUUCCCGCCAUCAAUGACUUGACUUCAGAUCUGUACGCAGCGGAAUCAAGAAACAGAGACGUGGAGCGUGAGUUGACCAACCUGAGGAAAAAGCUCACUUCGGCACUGGUACUUGAAAAGCGUCUACAGGACGACCUUAAAAAAACUGAAGAACUUCUGGCAGUGGAAAAAGCCAAAGCUGACAGCCGAACCCAGAACAUGAAGUUCUUGAAGGAAAAAUCUGAUGACUUCAAAUACAGAAUCCAGGCGGCUGAGAAACUGGCGGAGAUAAAGAAGCAGGCCGUGCCUCUGAAAAAGAAACUGGACUCCUAUUUGGCCCUCACGCCU